GGCCCGCGUCCGCGCCAGUCCCGGCCCGGCCCAGCGCAGGAUGCAGCGCCCCGGCGCCCCGGCCCCGGCUUCUGCAGAGAGAACCCCCCGGCCAAGAGAGUGGAGACCUCAGCUCUAUAGGAAGUGCACGGAUACGACCUGGCUGUUCCUGUUCUUCCUCUUCUGGACUGGUCUGAUGUUCAUCACCGGCUACUCGGUGGCAGCGGGAGCCACGGCAAGACUUCUCUUUGGCUACGACAGCUUUGGGAACGUGUGUGGCAAGAAGAACUCCCCAGUAGAAGGCGCCCCUCUUUCAGGGCAGGACAUGACCCUCAAAAAACACGUGUUCUUUAUGAACGCCUGCAACCUGGAAGUCAAGGAUGUGAGGCUCAGUUCCACCAUCCUCUGCGUGUCCAGCUGUCCUGAAGAGCAGCUUGAUACCCUGGAAGAGGUCCAGCUCUUUGCAGACAACAAUGGUUCCUUCCUGUGUGUUUAUAGUUUGGAUUCCAUCAACUACACCCAGAACCCAAACGCAGACUCAUUGUGCCCCAGCCUACCAGUUCCUCCAAGCAAGUCUUUUCCUUUGUUUAACCGAUGUGUCCCUCGGACCCCUGAGUGCUAUUCCUCAUUUGCGUCUGUUUUGAUAAACGAUGUCGACAUCCUCCAUCGAAUCCUAAGUGGGAUCAUGUCCGGAAGGGACACAAUCCUCGGCCUGUGUAUCCUCGCCUUAGCCUUGUCUUUGGGCAUAAUGUUCACCUUCCGAUUCAUCACCACCCUUCUGGUUCAGAUUUUCAUUGCACUGAUUAUUUCUGGACUGUUGCUUGUCUGUGGUGUCUUAUGGUGGCUGUAUUACGACUAUACCCAUGACCUCAGCAUAGAAUUGGACACAGAAAGGGAAAAUAUGAAGUGUUUGCUGGGGUUUGCUAUUGUAUCUACAGUAAUCACGGCAGUUGUGCUCAGCUUGAUUUUUGUCUUCAGAAAGAGAAUAAAAUUGACAACUGAACUUUUCCAAGUCAUAAAUAAAACCAUCAGCAGCUCUCCUUUCUUGCUGUUCCAACCACUGUGGACUUUUGCCAUCCUCAUCUUCUUCUGGGUCCUCUGGGUGGCUGUGCUGCUGAGCCUGGGAACUGCAGGAGCUGCACAGGUUAUUGAAGGUGGCCAAGUGGAAUAUCAGCCUCUUGUAGGCAUUCGGUAUAUGUGGUGGUACCAUUUAAUUGGCCUCAUCUGGACCAGCGAAUUCAUCCUCACAUGCCAGCAGAUGACUAUAGCUGGGGCACUGGUCACUUGCUACUUCAACAGAAAUAAAAAUGACCCUCCUGAUCGCCCAAUCCUUUGGUCUCUCUCCAUUCUUUUCUGCUACCAUCAAGGAACAGCCAUAAAAGGGUCAUUUUUAAUGACUGUGACGAGGAUUCCAAGAACCAUUCUCCUGUACCUUCACAACGCUCUGAAAGACAAGCAGCAUGGUGCAUGGUCCAGGUGCAUGUUCAGAUGCUGCUUCUGCUGUUUCUGGUGUCUCGACAAAUGCCUGCGCCAACUCACCCAGAAUGCAUACACUGCAACUGCCAUUAACGGGACCGAUUUUUGUACAUCAGCACAAGAUGUGCUCAAACUCUCAUCCAAGAAUUCAAAUCAUUUUACGUCUGUUAACUGCUUUGGAGACUUCAUAAUUUUUCUAGGGAAGGUGUUGGUGGUGUGUUUCACUGUUUUUGGAGGACUGAUGGCAUUUAACUACAACCGUGCCCUCCAGGUGUGGGCAAUCCCUCUGCUGCUGGUGGCAUUUUUUGCCUACUUGGUAGCCCAUUGUUUUUUAUCUGUGUUUGAAACUGUGCUGGAUGCUCUCCUCCUGUGUUUUGCUGUUGAUAUGGAAACAAAUGAUGGAUCAUCAGAAAAGCCCUACUUUAUGGACCAGGAGUUUUUGAGUUUUGUCAAAAGGAUCGACAAAUUAAAUGCAGCAAGGGCACAGGGAGAGGAGAGCUCAUUAAGGAACGAAGAGGGAACAGAACUUCAGGCUGUUGUGUGAUCAGUGCCCAUUAGUUAUUUGUCCCUGGAAAGGGGUCUUCUUCUCAGUCAUUCACAGA